AUGUCUGACACUGAAACUAAGCCAAAUGUCGAAGAAAUGGAAACUGAAGAAGCUCCCGUGAAACAAGAAGAAAUGGAAGUUGAUGUAAGUGUUGCCCUAUUUUUUUUUUUUUGAAAAAAAACGUCUUAUUUCAAAAUGUCAUUUUUCACAUUUAUAGGAACAAAAACCGAAUGUUCAAGCUGAAGAUGAUAUGGAUUCCUUCAAAAGAUUCGAAAUGUUGCUGAAGAAAACUGAAAAUUUCUCACAUUGCUUGACAUCUGGAGACAAAGGUUUGCAUUUAUUUCAAAGAAAUUUUUGAAAAUUACUUUUUUAGCUGCCGUUUCUGCUUCUGGACCAACUGAUAAAAAGAAGAAAGGAAGACCAGGAAAAGGAGUUGGAAUUGAGGGAGAUCAUAGACAUCGAAAAACAGAACAAGAAGAAGAUGAAGAAAUGGUUGCAGCUGCAGAUAAAGAAGACAAUAUCACAAUUUUCGAUAAAUCACCAUUUUAUAUUGAAAAUGGAGAAAUGAGAGAUUAUCAAGUAAGAGGUCUCAAUUGGAUGGUUUCUCUUCAUUAUAAUGGAAUUAAUGGAAUUUUGGCUGAUGAAAUGGGUUUGGGAAAAACUUUACAAACUAUUUCGUUGCUUGGAUAUAUGAAACAUUAUCGAGGUAUGCCAAGUCCACAUUUGGUUAUUGUUCCAAAAUCUACACUUCAAAAUUGGAUGAAUGAAUUUGCUAAAUGGUGUCCAACAAUUAGAACUGUUUGUUUGAUCGGAGAUGAAACUGCAAGAGUAAGUUCUUCAAAUAAUAACUGGGUGCUCAAAUAUAACAUGAUUUUUUCAGAAUGAAACUCUUCGUGAAACAAUUCUCCCUCAAAAUUUCGAUGUUUGUUGUACAACUUAUGAAAUGAUGUUAAAAGUGAAAGGACAACUUCGAAAAUUAUCGUGGAAAUACAUCAUUAUUGAUGAAGCUCAUCGAAUCAAAAAUGAAAAAUCAAAAUUGUCUGAAACUGUCAGAGAAUUAAAAUCGAAAAAUCGAUUACUGAUAACAGGAACACCGCUCCAAAACAAUUUGCAUGAACUUUGGGCUCUGUUGAAUUUCCUUCUCCCUGAUAUUUUCACAUCAUCUGAUGAUUUUGAUUCCUGGUUUUCAAAUGAAUCAAUGAGUGCAAAUACAGAUUUGAUACAAAGACUUCAUAAAGUAUUGCAACCAUUCCUUUUACGUCGUAUCAAAUCCGAUGUCGAAAAAUCGCUUUUACCCAAAAAAGAAGUCAAAGUUUAUGUUGGUUUAUCAAAAAUGCAAAGAGAAUGGUAUACAAAAGUGUUGAUGAAAGAUAUUGAUAUUAUUAAUGGAGCUGGAAAAGCUGAAAAGGCUCGACUUAUGAAUAUUUUGAUGCAUUUGAGAAAAUGUUUGAAUCAUCCUUAUCUUUUUGACGGAGCUGAACCUGGACCGCCAUAUACAACAGAUCAACAUAUUGUUGAUAAUUCCGGAAAAAUGGUUGUUUUGGAUAAAUUAUUGGUGAAGUUGAAGGAACAAGGAUCGAGAGUUUUGAUUUUCUCACAAUUUUCGAGAAUGUUGGAUUUGUUGGAAGAUUAUUGUUGGUGGAGAAAGUGAGUCUCUAAAAAAUAUAUCAAAAACACAUGAAAAUUGAUUUUCAGAUAUGAUUAUUGCCGGCUUGAUGGUUCGACUGCUCACGAAGAACGUCAACAAUCAAUCGAUGCUUAUAAUGCGCCAAAUUCGAAAAAGUUCAUUUUCAUGCUUACAACUCGUGCUGGAGGUCUUGGUAUCAACUUGGCUACCGCUGAUGUUGUUAUUAUUUAUGAUUCGGAUUGGAAUCCACAAUCUGAUUUGCAAGCCAUGGAUCGAGCACAUAGAAUUGGACAAAAGAAACAGGUAAGGAGAAAUUAGCAAAAAAAAAUUAAUAAAAAAGAAAUAUUUUUAGGUUCGAGUUUUCCGUUUGAUCACUGAAAAUACUGUUGAUGAACGAAUCAUUGAAAAAGCUGAAAUGAAACUGAAAUUGGAUAACAUUGUAAUUCAACAAGGAAGAAUGACAGAAGCGCAAAAAACUCUUGGAAAAGAAGAUAUGGUUAGUAUGAUUCGACAUGGAGCUGAACAAGUAUUUGCUGCAAAAGAUUCGACAAUUAGUGAUGAUGAUAUUGAUACAAUUCUUGAGAAAGCUGAAGUCAAAACUGCGGAAUUGAAUGAGAAAAUGGGAAAAAUGGAAGAAAGCAGUUUGAGAAAUUUGACAUUUGAGGACAGCAAAUUUACCGUUAGUUUACUUUUUUGAAUGGGGAAAAAUUAUUUUUAAUGGGGCUAUUCAUGUUAUUUUUCAACGCUGAGAAAACGGGAGAAAAGCGGAGAAAACCUAUUCAGGUAGGCUGAGAAAAUACGAAAAAAACGGAGAAAAUGUAUUUCCUCCGCAUUUCUCCUGUUUUCUCAACAUGCUGAGAAAAUACAUGAAUAGCCCCAUAAAUAAAAAAAAUGAAAAUUUGUAGGUUUAUCAAUUCGAAGGUGAAAACUAUAAAGGAAAACAAUCCGAUGGAAUGGGACAUUUCUGGAUCGAACCACCAAAAAGAGAAAGAAAAGCGAAUUAUCAAGUUGAUUUAUACUAUAAGGAAGCUAUGAGAGUUGGAAAUCCAGUUGAUAAAACUUAUAGAGCACCAAGACCGAAAUUGCCACAAGUUCAUGAUUUUCAUUUUUAUCCGAAACGAUUGAUGGAAUUGAUGGAUAAGGAAAUAUAUCAUUUCCGGAAAACUAUUGGAUAUUCGGUUGGUUUUUUUGAGAAUCAUUUUUUGGGCGAGGAAUGUUGA